AUGGACACUGGCAGGUCGGCUGCGGCUGCCCCAUCCCUCAUCCUCAUAGACAUGGGGGCGCCACUCCAAGAAUGUCUGCGGCGGCUGCAUGCGCAGACAGUGCGCGUAGCAGCCACGCUCGCUGCUGAACAACAGGAUACACUGCUCAGUGGCAUGAAAAUGCCGUCGGUAGCAACACUUCUCUCCGAGUACCGCACAGUGGCCUCCGACACCCUCAACUGUAGUGGCAAUCACACCGCGCAGCUCCGCCGCCGCAUCGCGCUGAAGCUACAGCGGCUACGGAAAGAGCAGCACAUCGACCUGUGCUCCCCUACUGCAUUCGCCGACGAAAUCCACAGCUUGGUCGCAGCACUACAAGCAAUGCCAGCAAAGGGGAAAGCGCGGAGCGAGGCGUUGGGCGAUUAUGCCGUGGCACCCACCCGCGCACCCCCGCUUCCCCCGCCCUCGGGUGACGUGUUGGUGACACAAAGGGAGGAUGAAGAUGACGACAUAUUCGGCUGGGUGACGCAGCACCUCAGCGAGUCACCGCAUCCCGCUACGGCGCCAGCAGAAUGCACCGCCUCGCCUCCACGCGCCACGACAGCUGCGGCGGUAGACACGACCGCAGUCACAGCACACGAGGCUCAGAACGACGAAGGUGCCGUUGAAUCUCUGCUGCGCCGCAUCGCCUGCGACCUUGCGGACGUGGUGGAGUGCAAGGGCCGUUAUGCUGCAACCGUCGAAGGCGUUCAUCAACAGCUGAUGACACUGCGGCGCUACGCAGAGAGUCUCUUGAUGGUGUGCGAGGGCGACGGCCGCAGCAUGCCGGACAGCCUCGGUGCGCGGAUGCGUCGUCUCCUCGCCUAUCAGCCCUCACACACCGUCUCCUCAGAGGCGGAGCAACAGGUCUGGCAACGUGCGUGGAAGGAAGUGGGGUGCAACGCUGCACCUGCGCUGGAAGUUGGCACAUCUGUCGAGACGAUUGACGUGGCAGUACUGGCGCGCGCCAACAUACAGCGCUACGAGGCCCUGCAGCGGCGCUGGCUGGCGGUGCGGCAGGCGUACGAGACACACUUGGUGCAGCUCAACCAGCAAAUGGCGCUGGCGGCCCUUCAGCUGGACGAGAUGGAGGCCAUGCGUAAGUCGAUGUAG